AUGGAGCUCACCCCGCAGCGCCGUGCUGCGCGCGCAGGGGUGGCUCCACCACUGCCAGUCCCUCCAAAGGCCGAACCGAACGGCGAUGAACAGCGCAGAGCCGAGCCCAAGCGGAAGGGCACCCUGCCUGCCUGCCUGCCAGGUCCGGCCAGGUUGGGCGCGCGACAGGACAGGCGGCGAAGUGACGUGAUGCUGGGCCACUACUGGGUGGACACGGGAAUGAAAACGGCAUCAACAAACAUAGAUUAA